AUGUCAGCCACGUAUCAGGACUCAGCCCUGCAAUACACGGCUGACAUGACGAGCCUCUCCAGCCGCGGACAGGCUCGUCAUACACUGGCCAACGUCCUCAACUACCUCAAGCUCGAGAAGGUGGAUAUCGCAAAAUUAACGGAGAUGUUCAGCAUCGAGAAGGUCAAGGAAAUGCUAACGGAAAUCGUCGAGAACUGCUUCAAGCGCCCCGAGUCGCAGCGCAAGCCUGAGGGCCACAUCAAGCUCGAAUGCGGCUUCGCCACCAUUCCUCUUCUCAGGAUUGAUGUGCUCUGCCACUCUCGUUACUUGUGGGUGGGCGUCAUGCCUGUCCGUACCUGUGAGCAUCCCGCUCAGAGCAUCUCUAUCUUCGUGAUAAAUGCACUGCCAGGCCUCUCGAAGAAGAUCAACACCGCCCAUAUGAACGCCGACAUGCUCGAGGGCAAGUACAGUCCAAAUCAUGUAGGCCAAGCUGUUCGAGGUCUCGAAAGAAAGCUGGCGUACAUCAUCCUCGGGGAGCUAUUGGCCUACCAGUUCGCGUCGCCAGUUCAUUGGAUCGAGACUCACGAUUUGCUCUUCACUAAGGACCAGUUCGAACGCUUCGUCGAGAUCGGCCCAUCUCCUACAUUGGCAGAGAUGAGGGUCGGCCCUCUCGUGCUUUCGCGCCUCUCUCUCUUCCUCCUCAGGGGUUGUCAUUGA